CUUGUGUUCAGAAUGAGUCAACUGAGGCUGCUGUCGACCAAGCUGGGGGCCCUGGCUGCCAGGCUCUUGGCUGCACCUCCUGUCCAGGUGCUGAGCUGCCGUGGCAGGUCCUCGGGACCCCCAGCCCCCUUCCCAGGCAGCAGAAGUGGAGGUGGCUCCAGUUACAUGGAAGAGAUGUACUUCGCCUGGUUGGAAAACCCCGAGAGUGUCCACAAGUCUUGGGACAGCUUUUUCCGGAGAGCCAGUGAGGAAGCCUCUUCUGGCCCCGUGCAGGCUUGGGCCCCAUCUGUCACCUCUGAGAGCAAACCCUUCGUCUCAGGCCGCACCAAGACCAGCAAGUUGGUGGAGGACCACCUGGCUGUGCAGUCCCUCAUCCGGGCCUACCAGAUUCGGGGCCAUCACGUGGCUCAGCUGGACCCCCUGGGCAUUCUGGACGCAGACCUGGACUCCUUUGUGCCUUCAGACUUGAUCACAACCAUCGAUAAGUUGGCUUUCUACGACCUGCGGGAGGCUGACCUCGAUAAGGAGUUCCAGCUACCCACCACCACCUUCAUUGGUGGCUCUGAGAGCACCCUGUCCCUGCGGGAGAUCAUUCGGCGCCUGGAGAGCACCUACUGUCAGCACAUUGGCCUGGAGUUCAUGUUCAUCAACGAUGUGGAGCAGUGCCAGUGGAUCCGGCAGAAGUUCGAGACGCCGGGGGUGAUGCAAUUCUCCAACGAGGAGAAGCGGACCCUGCUGGCCCGGCUCGUGCGCUCCAUGAGAUUUGAAGACUUCUUGGCCCGGAAAUGGUCAUCGGAGAAGCGCUUUGGCCUGGAGGGCUGUGAGGUCAUGAUCCCAGCACUCAAGACCAUCAUUGACAAAUCUAGCGAGAUGGGCAUCGAGAACGUCAUCCUGGGGAUGCCACACAGGGGCAGGCUGAACGUGUUGGCCAAUGUGAUCCGCAAGGACCUGGAGCAGAUCUUCUGCCAGUUUGACCCCAAGCUGGAGGCGGCCGAUGAGGGCUCUGGAGAUGUCAAAUACCACCUGGGCAUGUACCAUGAGAGGAUCAACCGCGUCACCAACAGGAACAUUGCUCUGUCCCUUGUGGCCAACCCCUCCCACUUGGAAGCUGUGGAUCCCGUGGUGCAGGGCAAGACCAAGGCCGAGCAGUUUUACCGUGGGGAUGCCCAGGGCAGAAAGGUCAUGUCCAUCCUGGUCCAUGGAGAUGCUGCCUUUGCUGGCCAAGGUGUGGUCUAUGAGACCUUCCACCUGAGCGACCUGCCCUCGUACACCACCAAUGGCACCGUGCACAUGGUGGUCAACAACCAGAUUGGCUUUACCACUGACCCCCGGAUGGCCCGCUCCUCCCCGUACCCCACUGAUGUGGCCCGUGUGGUCAACGCACCCAUCUUCCACGUGAACGCUGACGACCCGGAGGCCGUGAUCUAUGUGUGCGGUGUGGCAGCCGAGUGGAGGAACACCUUCAACAAAGACGUCGUCGUGGACCUGGUGUGCUACCGCCGGCGUGGGCACAACGAGAUGGACGAGCCCAUGUUCACUCAGCCGCUCAUGUACAAGCAGAUUCACAAGCAGGUGCCCGUGCUAAAGAAGUAUGCCGACAAGCUCAUUGCUGAGGGCACCGUCACCCUGCAGGAGUUUGAGGAAGAAAUCGCCAAGUAUGACCGCAUCUGUGAGGAGGCCUACGGCAGGUCCAAGGAUAAGAAGAUCCUGCACAUCAAACACUGGCUGGACUCCCCCUGGCCCGGAUUCUUCAACGUGGAUGGCGAGCCCAAGAGCAUGACGUGCCCAGCCACAGGUGUGCCCGAGGACGUGCUCACCCACAUCGGCAGUGUGGCCAGCUCCGUGCCCCUGGAGGACUUCACCAUCCACACGGGCCUCUCUCGUAUCCUGCGUGGCCGGGCAGACAUGGUCAGGAAGCGCACGGCCGACUGGGCACUGGCAGAGUACAUGGCCUUUGGCUCCCUGCUCAAGGAGGGCAUCCACGUGCGGCUCAGUGGGCAGGACGUGGAGCGGGGCACGUUCAGCCAUCGGCACCAUGUGCUCCAUGACCAGGAAGUGGACCGCAGGACAUGUGUCCCCAUGAAUCACCUGUGGCCUGACCAGGCCCCCUACACCGUGUGCAACAGCUCACUCUCGGAAUACGGAGUUCUGGGCUUUGAACUGGGCUAUGCCAUGGCCAGCCCCAACGCCCUGGUGCUCUGGGAGGCUCAGUUUGGCGACUUCCACAAUACAGCACAGUGCAUCAUCGACCAGUUCAUCAGCACUGGCCAGGCCAAGUGGGUGCGGCACAACGGCAUCGUGCUGCUGCUUCCUCACGGCAUGGAAGGCAUGGGCCCAGAGCACUCGUCCGCAAGGCCUGAGAGGUUCCUGCAGAUGAGCAACGAUGACUCCGAUGCCUAUCCGGUGUUCAGCGAGGACUUUGAGGUGAGCCAGCUGUAUGACUGCAACUGGAUCGUGGCCAACUGCUCCACGCCGGCCAGCUACUUCCACAUACUGCGCCGGCAGAUCCUGCUGCCCUUCCGCAAGCCCCUCAUCAUCUUUACGCCCAAGUCUCUGCUGAGACACCCCGAGGCCAAAUCCAGCUUCGACCAGAUGGUGUCAGGGACCUGCUUCCAGCGGGUGAUUCCUGAAGGUGGGGCUGCAGCGCGGGCUCCUGGGCAGGUGCGGCGGCUCAUCUUCUGCACAGGAAAGGUGUACUACGACCUGGUCAAGGAACGCAGCAGCCGGGGCCUGGAGGAGCAGGUGGCCCUCACGCGCCUGGAGCAGAUCUCCCCGUUCCCCUUUGAUCUGAUCAAGCAGGAGGCCGACAGGUACCCAGGCGCGGAGCUGGUGUGGUGCCAGGAGGAGCACAAGAACAUGGGCUACUACGACUACAUCAGCCCGCGCUUCAUGACCCUGCUUGGCCGUGACCGGCCCAUAUGGUACGUCGGCCGUGGCCCAGCCGCUGCCCCAGCUACUGGAAACAGAAACACACACCUGGUGUCGCUGCAGAAGUUUUUGGACACCGCCUUCAAUCUCCAGGCCUUUGAGGGCAAGACGUUUUAG